GUCUAUAAAUUGAGAGGUCCUGUAUGAAGCAUGCACAUUAGACUAAAAGAAAAUGAAGAGCGUUGUUUUGCUAAUUUCAUUUCUCCUUGCAUUUUGGUGUUCAUGCACUAGUGCUACAACAACUCCUAAUCCAGUGUUGCAGGUGGUGCGUGACAUUCAUGGCGAUAUUCUCACACCAGACUCCAGGUACUUUGUCGUGUCAGCAAUAAACGGAGCCGGAGGUGGCGGAGUAUUCCGUGGCAUUGGAGCUGGUCAUGACGCUAACUUCGUCUGUCCCUUUCAGGUGUUGCAGUCUGGGCGAGAUUUGGACAGAGGUUGGCCAGUGAUUUUCAAACCAAAGGCAGCGAAACAAGUAGAAAUAACUGAAUCGAGCGAUGUUAACAUUGAGUUCUAUAUUGACAAUCCAAGUGGGUUUUGUAACAACACAGUGUGGCAAGUAGAAGGUUUCCCAGGACAUGCUAUGCCAAUGUACUUGGACACCAAUGGGGAGGCUGGACAUGUUAAGAAUGUGGCCUCAUGGUUUCAAAUUAAGAAAACUGGAAGUUACAUGUAUAAGUUGAUGUUUUGUCCUUAUGGAGAGCCCAUCUGCACUGACAUUGGCAUCGACUAUACUGCCGGAAGGCGAUUGGCCAUAGGAACAGGCAAUACCUUCAAUCUUGUCUUCAUUAAGGAUACUAACAUUGGAAUUAAAUCGAUUGUAUAAUUUGGUUAAUUUCGACCAAAUAAUAUGUAUCGAUCCUUUUCACUGUAUUAUUUUCAUCAUGUUUGUACGUACGUACCUACCUACUUGUAUUCUCUAAAUAAAGCUACGCAUGUGUGAUGUGUAGCCUCUAUCGUUGUAAAAGUAUUGCUACCUUAAUGUAUCCUUGAGUUUGUUUUUUUUC